AUGAUCACAGAAGUCUCUUCACCAGUCGGUUCCGAGAUUUUCUCUCUCGUUGCCCUGCUGGUGAUCAGCUUAGGCGUUCUACUCGUCUUACGACAUUACCUCCCCCUGCGAACGACGCCAGCAUAUCUCCUCGUCCCCAUCUUCUUUGCGCUUGGCUUACCAGCAAGUAUCAUAUUACUUGUGCCCAUAGAUCUUGCAUCUAGCGCAAGGGACCAAGAUGCAGGCAGUAGAGGAAUAUGGCUACCUGAUCGGGUGCUUUUGGUGUCAUGGCGUAUCAGUUACUGGUUGACAUUCGCCUUGACCUGGUUCAUCCUCCCUAUCUUGGCUGAGUACGCAGAUGCUGGAUACCGUGAACCAAAAGACCGCCUGAUCUACUCUUUGCGCUCCAACGCUCAAUAUCAAGCGAUGGUUUUUGGAGCUGGAAUCAUCGGAAUAAUAUACUUCUUCGUAACUAUGGGUGCCUCGCCAACGUCUUUCAAGGCUUUGCUGAUGGCUUUGGCGUAUUGCUGGGGUCUGAUACUAGCAAUUUACCUUAUGGGCCAUGGGUUGGUUGCGAUACCUAGACGACUGUUCAGAAGCGCGAGUAUUAGUGGGAAAUUAAAGAGGAUACAAGGGAAUGCCCCGAAAAUACAUGAAAAGAUGGAAGAUGCGAUCCACAAUCUUCAAAAUUUAGAAGCGCAAGUCGCUGCUUUGGCACAAAGGAAGACUGGUUCCGCCAAAGAUUUUAGGGACUGGAUCGAAGAGCUGGCCGAUGAAUCUCAUCUCCCUGAAUCACGGCCUCGAACCUUGACUCGCAGGAUGUCUACUCCCGAGGUCACUGUCCCGAAUGUUAUUACAGAACGAUAUUUGGCCGACCUCAGCAGGAAGCUCAUGAGGGCUCGACACAGCCGCACAAGAUAUCUCGAUGAAUGGGACCGCUUGUUACAAGAUGCUACGGAUACGCAGGCUGUCCUCGAUUCAGCGGCGUCUAGGCGAAUCGAAAUCGGCCAGGCAUCGCCGGAUUCAUCGAUCUGGGAAAAGACCACCCUCUUCACCCCAUACACACGAUAUCUCUACAAGUACUACUUCGUUUCGUACUUCAGAAUAUUCCUGGGGGUGUUCUUUUCCUUGGCAUCGUUUUGCAUUGUCUGGUCAGAAGUUAUUAAGUCGAUUAAUCCCUUAUUCUCGGUCAUCGCCGUCACUGUAGUUCAUCAUCCCGAUAGCGAGCGUGGCCAGAUUGGAUUUGCCGGACAAGUUAUAGCGUCCUGCUGGAUACUAUAUAUGUGUGCAGCAGCUCUCACAUCUCUGGCUGAGGUGAAGGUGUGGCGGGGCCGAGCGCUGGUAAGAAGAAAUACUCAUGGUGAAAGCGCGAUGUGGUAUGCCAUGCAAGUCGCAAAGCUCUCUGUACCGUUAGCUUUCAAUUUCCUGACAUUCCUCUCACCGGAUGUUUAUGACACAACGGUGUUCUAUAAAUUCCUGGGCCAGUACAUCAAGUUCACGCCACUAGGACUGUGGUUCGAUUGGCUUUUUCCAACCUUCAUCUUGGUGCCUGUUUGUGCAACACUUUUCAAUCUUUACGGAAAAGUGAAGAAUUGCAUCGGAUUCGGAGGAGUUAUUGACGAUGACGACGAAGAUAAUGAAACUGGAUAUGGGACUGGUUCUUGGCGGGAAGGACGGGAUUUGAUAGAGCGAGAGUUACAGGGCCACUCUUCUCUAGGACGACUUGGGGCUUCGGGGGGGAUCAGAAGUCACGUUCCCAAUAACCCCAACAACCGGACUGCACCAACUUUGACAGUGCCUCCAGAGGAGAGACAUAGAACACUGGGCCAAUCCACAACAUCUCGACCCGGCGUUGACCGUCAAGCACGUCAGGAAGUGGAGCCGGGAGACGAGAAUUUCUUCGAGGCUUUCGGGCAUCGGGUGAAGAACACCAUUGAUACGAUUUCGCCACCGAAAUGGUUUCAAAAUGUCGGAGAAAGCAUUAAACGGCCAAAGUGGGUGGGAGGUAAUGAUGAAGCAGAAUCAAGUCGUAGUGGUAGUGAUUUCACCCGCUGGUUUGGUGGUGGUCGACAAGAGGGACGAGUCCGAUUGUAA